ACAGUGCGGAAACAAACCAUAUUGGAUUUUUUUUCUUUUGACAGACAGGAAAAAAGGGCAAAAAGUUGCAAUAUAGUUUUAUAAGUUGUAAGCACCGCUCCCCGAGUCAGUCGUUGAUACGAAGCAAUAACUGGACAUUUACCAUACGCGUAAUAUCAAACGUUAUUCAGGCAAAGGUUUUGAAUUCAGAGUUUUACUUCCGCGUACAAUGUUUUUUUCCACUGACAUACGGCAACUUCUGAACAGGAAACCCUACUAGACAGUAGUCUUGCGUUUUCGCUGUAAGUAAAGCGGGAGUCCAUAACAUCAGAGAGGGAGAGUACAUUAUAUUCCCGACUGCUCGUCCUUAUUGUCUUGUUCUCCUCCUCCCAGCGGGGUGUGUUUGGGGCCCUCAACUCAAACCCAGCCAUGAGCAUCAUCGGGGCCGAAGACGAGGACUUUGAGAAUGACCUGAACGAAGUGCCGGACAGCCAGUGCCCUCAUUUCAACUGCAUAGAAAAGCUGAAGGCUCGGCCCACGCACCUGCUGGUCUUCCUGCAUCACGUCAUCCUGCAGUUUGACUGUGCAGCCCUGCUGUGCUACCUUCACGCAGACCUCUUCAAGAACCUCAGUGCCAAGGAGACCAAGAAGCAGUUUGUGGAGUUCCACAACAACUUCCUGGACAAGGGGGCCAUUCUCAAAGUGGUAGUUCCAGCUGCUGUUUCUAAUGAAUUGGACCGAACCCGUCCAGAGCUGCUCACUGAGGACCUCCAGCGGCGAUAUGUCCAGGAGGUGCAGAGCCAGCAGGAAGCAGAGGUGGCCAAACAGCUGGAAGACUUCCGGUGCAAGAGGAUGAUGGGAAUGACGGCCAACGAGACUGAGUUGGUGGAUGUGGAGAACCACUAUCCCACCGACCGCAUCCCCAUGGAGAUGAAGGAGAAGUCCGUGGCCGAGGUCAUGCUGGACAAGAUGGCAGAGAACCAAGCAAACAUUGUUGCGGAUGAGGACAGAUGCCAAGCCAUCUUUGCGUCGGUGGCCGUGUACCUGAAGCACCUCGGGGUGAAGAGCAGGGCUGUGGACAGCAAGAAGUCCAGGGGGGGCUUCUUCAGGAGGCCCCUGGGCAAGAACAAGAAGGACGAGUCCACCAAAACGAAGCCCAGAGGGGGUUUUCCUAGCAUUCCCAGCUGGAUCGCUGGUUCCAACGAGGUCAAACCUAGGCCGGAAACUGAAGCGGAUAAAGAUAAGCCUGCAGCCCAGGAGCGUAAGAACAGCCAGUUUCUGCCCCCCAGGGGGGACCCCCUCCCCCUCCCCUUCCCCAGCAGGAAGUCCUGCUCCGUUGGGGGGGGCUCCUCCUCCUCCCAGCCCGCCCUGGAGAUCAGCGAGUGCUCAGGGCUCAGCUCCAGCACCGCCAGCAGCCCAGACGGCCACAGCGAAGGUCUACCCAGCAACCGCUUAGAACCCCCGCCUUCCAGUGACGGGGGCGAUGUGUCCCCAAUCAGUCUGGGGGGCCUCUCCACUGGGGAGCCCUUCUCCCCCUGUGAGACCACCACAGAGGAAAACAUGGAGAAAGAAAGACAGAAGACAAGGAAAGUGGCACGCAGCGAGAGCGCCCGUGUGGACCGCCACUCCUCCCGGCGCCGCGGCUCCUCCCGGGGCAAACAGUCCCGUUCCCGUAGCGACGUGGACCUCCAGCCUCCCAACAUGAGCGCCUCACCUCUCUCGCUCACACCCCAACACCCAUCGGCCCAUCACCUUAUGGACGGGCCCCCCCAGUUUCCGGACGGCACCACCCCCCCCAGCCCCUCCCCCCAGCCGGAGGAGAUGGAGCCACGUCUGGUGGAGCUGGAGCAGGACCCCGCUAACUGGCGGGAGCUGGCCGACCGCAACGCCCUGGCUAACCUCAGCAAGAAGGAGACCAAGAGGCAGGAGGUCAUCAACGAGUUGUAUACGACUGAGCAUGCUCACUACCGCAUGCUGACGGUGCUCCAGACGGUCUUCUCCAAGCCCCUGGAGAGGGAGGAGAUCCUCACCGGCCCAGAGCUGGCCACCAUCUUCCCCAGCCUGGAGGAGAUCUUGGAGAUGCACUACACCUUCCAUGAGAACCUGAAGGCGCUGCGUGAGGAGGAUGAGUUCAUCGUGAAGAACAUCGGCGCCACGCUGCUCAACAGAUUCGGGGGUCCGGAGGGGGAGUGGUUCCAGAAGCUGACAGCCCGGUUCUGCAGCCACCAGUCCUGGGCCCUAGAACAGAUCAAGAGCCGGCAGAAGAAAGACGCCCGCUUCAAUGCCUUCAUCCUGGAGGCGGAGAGCAAGCCCCAGUGCCGCAGGCUGCAGCUGAAGGACAUCAUCCCCACCGAGAUGCAGAGGCUGACCAAGUACCCUCUGCUGCUGGAGAACAUUGCCAAGAGCACCGAGGACCAGGAGGAGAAGGACAAGAUCCUGCAGAGUGCAGAGUGCUGCAGGAAGAUCCUCAACCACGUCAACGACGAGGUCAAGUACAUGGAGAACCUGCUGAACCUGAAGGACUACCAGCGGCGCUUGGACACGUCCGGGCUCAAACCCAGUACCGAUUUGUACACAGAGUACAAGAACAUUGACCUGACCCUGAAAAAUAUGAUCUAUGAAGGUCCCCUCACUUGGAAGGUCACAAAGGAGAAAGCUAUCGAGGUGCAGUGCGUUCUGCUGGGCGACCUGCUGGUGCUGCUGCAGAGGCAGGACGACAAGAUGGUGCUCAAGUGCCAGAGCAAGAGCAACGUGGCGGUGCAGGAGGGCAAGCAGAUGCUCAGCCCCAUCAUCAAGCUCAACUCCGUGUUCCUCAGGGAGGUGGCCACAGACCGCAAGGCCUUCUACGUCAUCUUCACAUGGGACAGCGGUGCUCAGAUCUACGAGCUGGUGGCCCAGUCCUCCGGAGAGAGGAACACCUGGACAGAAGCAAUCAAGAAAGCGGUGGAUGAUCUGAAGCAGAGUGGGCCCGCGGUGGGGGGGCCGUUGUCCCCGGUAGGCGGGCGUCCCCCGCACUUGGUCCCUUUGAGUCCAACCCUAAAUGGCAAUUUCAAAAGCAGCAUAGUGCAGGAUAAUGACAGCCUCACAGAAGACAAGUCUCCAUACCCUCAGCAUUCUGUGAUGUAUUACCUGUCAGAGAAAGGCUUUGACCUGUUCGCUACCCCCACCAGUGAACAGGACAAGGUGGCCCAAAAUGCUCUUGAUGAUGUCACAGGUCUGAAAAGGCUAUUGGUCAGCAGCAUCAGCCUUUCAGAGGACUCUAUGCCAGAAGAGGAAAAUGGCAAGGAUGAUGGGGGGUCAGAGAAGCUAGAGGACUGCACAGACGGCUCUAAGUCACCAGAGGACGGAGGCCCCAUAGCGGGGGCCUCGCAGGUGGAGGAUGGCCCGGGAGGAGCCGGGUCUGGAGGAGCCAAGGGAGUGGAGGAGGGGGGCAUCAGUGCACCCCUGGUGCUUUCCAAGGAGAGGGUGGAGGAGGUGUACAGCCGCCUCCAGGGUCUGGAGGAGAAUCUGAGGAGACUACAGACCAUGGAAGAGGCACACCAUAAGCUGCUGAUGGCCUUGUCAAUGUUCUCCCUGGAGGGAGGAAACUUCCAGUGAGAAGCAACGCACCUGUCAGCCAGAAAUUGCUGUAGGUGCCUGAUUGAAGUGCACGAUUGACUAUUGGAGGACGGUCUGGAAACACUCAAUGGUCGCGUACAAAACUGCUGCUGUUUGGGAUGUGGAAGGUCGACGCCCAACCAGGAAGUUCACGCAAGACAGGAUGGGGGAGGGGCUUUGUCUGCAGUGCACUGCUUGAGUGGUGAAGCAGGGAAGGGGUGUGUGUGUGUGUGUGUGUGUGUGUGUGUGUGUGUGUGUGUGUGUGUGUGUGUGUGUGUGUGUGUGUGUGUGUGUGUGUGUGUGUGUGUGUGUGUGUGUGUGUGUGUGUGUGUGUGUGUAAAAGGAAGAUGAAGUGAGGGAGGACAGUUUUAUGAACAGUUUUCAAAAAAUGUUUAGCGAUUUUGCUGUGCGAUGGAUGCUGCAUAAUAAAGUGUGUGGAGAGUUGCUAUGAGACACAUACACACCAGACACAAACACAUGGACAAACAAUGAACAUAGAAUUAUGUUGUGUAAGAGAAUGAAUCUUAAGUUUCUUUUAGCAUUGUAGUUUUCGGUUUCAAUAAUGCUUAGUGCCACAGUGUUGCAGAAUUGAAAACAAAUCCAGAAAUCGUUUUGGUAAAACCAAGCUCUAAACCUAAGGUUUGAAGCUUUUGCAUGCUGAAUCAUGUUAGAAAAAAAACCUUCCUGUUACACUGUUAAAUACCCAUACUUAACCAUGUAUAGAGCACAGAUUAGAAUGAAGGGUGUGCAUGCGGACUAUUUUGGAGUGGAGUUACUGUUGUAAUUUAGAUUGGAUUAUGAACAAAUAACAGAAUCUGCAUAAAAGAAGAUAUAUAUACAUGCAUACAUACAUACGCACACAUAGUAUCAUGAUAGCUGUUUGAUCUUCUUAUGAUCGCUGCCAUUAUUUAUUCCUUUGGGUCCUUUCAGGGUUUCUGCUGCUUCUCUGGGAAACUUACAGCACGAGGGGUUGGGGUCAAAGCAUAAGAAGUUCAGAUCCCGAAGGUAGAUUCAAGUUGCGCUGCAGUGAUAAAGCAUGGCAUCUGAAAGCCUUCCUGCCUCGUUUGAAGUAUUGAAUGCAAAAUACAGACAUUUUGAAAGCGAAGACACGCACAUAGACGAGCAUAAAGACACAUACACAAGACCCAGUGCCAAAGCAAUGCUCACAGGGGAGAGCAGAUUAUUUGGGUUUUUUAUUUUUCGCUUGCCUUCUGAUUGUAAUGUCUGACACACACACACACACACACACACACGACAUUAGGUUGAGUUAAAUUUUUUGAUUGUAUUAUAUGCUGUUGAGUAUGUUAUUAGUCAAAUAUUAUAUUAUAUUCGAUAGUAGCAAUGUUUUUUUUGUAUCAAAUUUGACCUUUUUUCAAGAGCUGAUUGUAAUUAUUCUUGAUUUACUUUUUUGGACUGGUGGAUUUGAACUGUGGUGAGGCGCACAGGACCAAAGACAAAAACGCUGUACCGCUAGAUCCUCAUGCUAUUUAAUGCAAUUAUGACAACGCUUUUACGCAUUACUGGCACAUGAACGUUUGCUGGGUUGAGAUGGAUGUACAGGCAGGUCGGCAGUUGGGAGGCGUCAUUAGCUUAUUCUUGUUAAUCCCUUGUACAUGCUCAUUCCAUUCAUCCCAUACUGCCGUGUUUUAUGAAUUUCCAGUAAUAGUUACAGUAUAGGUGAUUAAAAGGAUGUAUAUUUUAUAAUUAUUGAAGCUAUACUUCCCCCAAAGAAUUUGCCUCUUAUACGCAUAUGAGAAUGAACCGGACAGCAUUCAACAAAUGCACUGGUUUUCUUGGGGACAAAAACACCAUGGUCUACAAGUAAGACUGAAGGUUUGCUUCGGUCUCCACGGGACCAAGACAGUACUACAGUGCUUCUGCCAGUCAGUCAUUGCCAUGACCAUACUGAACUUGAGUGAAACCAAUUGCAAACAACCACCAAGCACAACAAGGGCACAUAUAUAGUCAAAUGAAGUUUGUAGCCAGGGCCAACGCAGACCUACUUGGUACACAUUCUCACAAGUACUGUAAUGACGGUGAUCUCUGAUAUGCACCCUCCUCAUGUGUAGCCACCAAACUGUAGCCAUCUCCGCCCUCAUCCAACCGCACCAUUUUUUUUCUUUUUUUUUUUUAACCGCCACAUCUUCUACUCGGAACUCCGAACUUUUGUGCUAGGUAGCCCACCAGAAGACCUCUUAGGCCCCGGUUUCCCUUUAGACGGGUGAGGGACCAGUAAGACUAUGAGACACACACACACACACACACACACACACACACACACACACACACACACACACACACACACACACACACACACACACUCUGAGGUAACCAGGUCACAGAGUGGGUUUGGUUAUUGUUAUUUGUAUGUUUGUUUUGUUUUUUUAAGCCUUAAUCUAACUAUGCCUAUGAGAGAGAAAGGAUUGUUCAUGGAGUUUUUUAUGGGGGGUUUGCAAUACGCUGAAGUGGUGCCAAACCCAUAUGCCAAAUUGAGUAAGCAUCCAGUUGGCCAAUAGGAUGAGGCUAAAGAAAUAAUCCGGCCCGCAGGUAUUUAUCCUCCAUUGGUUUGCAUUCAUCAGCAGUGGAUAACCGCCUUACACCAUCUUACAGUAAUACCUUGUCAAACACGCUCGCGCAGGGAGAAUGACUACAUCUCCGUCUAUCAGUCUCUCUGUGCUUAUACCUGAUGUAUCCUGUAUUCCAAUGGAUAGAUGUUUAGAACAUUUAUUAUAUAUUUUGGUGCCUUAUGACGGCCUGGCUGCUGUUCCCCCAAAAGAUGGUUCUCCACAAACAAAUGCACGUUUUAUAAGCCCUCAGAUUGAUGAAUUCUUGGGAAUGGUUUUCCCAUCAGAUAAAAAGUUGGUCUCCUCGAUGCUGUUUAUAUUCACCUUCAGGAUCACAAAAGGAUUUGUACUGAUCUCGUCUUCAGACAAGGAUCCAUCACGCUGUUAAUAAAAAGUCUAAAUGCAAGAACAUAUAUAUAUAUAUAUAUUGUGUAUUUGGGUUUGGAUUUUUCUCUUGUAAGAGGGUUUUAAUGUAUGCUUAAGAACCAUUGUGGUACGUUCUUUCUUAUUUCUUUUCCUUUUUUUUAAAUAAAUUGGGGGAAAUUAAAUCAA